CAGUCGCGAACAAACCGUUACGCGGAACUGUCUUAUCACGCGUAUUCAGUCUGUGUAAAGUUUACUAAAUUUUUUUUUUUUCAAUGUUAACAAUUUAAUUGUGACUCUGAUCUUAUGUUUUUGCUACGAGAUCAUACUUUAAUAUUAAUGGAAGUGGAGUGAAUAUUUUGUGAAUUUAUAUAAACUCAUUAACAAAGAAAAAAAAAAUAUUAAUCCAUGGAAAACAUGCUUCUGUUUAUGGGUCAUAAAAAUUUAAGGAUUACGAAUUUUAUUUUUACAUAAAAUAACUUCUGAGUAAUAUGACAAUCAAUAAUCGACGAUAAGAAAGUAACCGAAAAAAAUGGUGUCUGCAAAUGACUAGCGGGUGUUGAAAAGAAUUAGUGGUGUGUGGCUGCGGUGACUUAAUUCUUUAAAGAAAAAUCACGUCAUGAAGGAGAACCGUCAAAGAUGGUUACAGGCCAUUUGGCCGCUGAUAGCCGUCCUCUGUCAUCAAUCAGGUUGCGCAGCCAAAAGUGGGAACGUUGGUUCGGUGAUAGAGCAUCAUCCAUCUUCCUACUGGGAACAACCCUUCAGUCAGCCUUACUUUGACAACACGACUAAGAGAGAAACGACGACGACAGUCGGGCAAUCUGCUUACUUAUAUUGCAGAGUUCGCAAUCUUGGAGAUCGCGCUGUUUCGUGGAUCCGGAAACGAGAUCUUCAUAUUCUGACAGUGGGAAUUUUGACGUACACUAAUGACCAAAGGUUUCAAGCGAUGCACAGUGAUGGAAGUGAUGAAUGGACACUUAAGAUAACAUCUCCCCAAGUACGUGACAGCGGGACAUACGAAUGUCAAGUUUCAACAGAACCAAAAAUAAGUCAAGCUUAUAAAUUGAAUGUCGUCGUGUCAAAAGCAAAAAUAGCUGGAAAUUCAGAACUAUAUAUCAAGAGUGGAAGUGAUAUAAAUCUUACUUGCAUCGUACUACAGACACCUGAACCGCCGUCUUUCAUCUACUGGUACAGAGGUGAGCAUGUGAUAAACUACAGCCAACGAGGAGGAAUCAGUGUCGUGACGGAGAAACAGACCAGGACAUCGCGUCUGUUGAUUUCUCGGGCACUCCCAACAGAUUCCGGCAAUUACACCUGCGCUCCGUCUACAGCAGAGUCAGCCAGUGUCCUAGUACACGUACUUAAUGGAGAGCAUCCAGCGGCAAUGCAGCACGGGAAUUCGAGCAACAGUGGUGCGGCAACUUGCACUCUAGCCCUGCUACUUCUUUUUCUUUACGCUGGCUCUUUUGUAAGAUGACUGAUUAGUGAUAACGAUAAUAAUAACUAUUAUUACUACGACUACAAUAACUAUUAAAAUUAAAAACUGCAACAACUUUUAAAGAGAUAUUUAGUUAAAAAUUGUGGUGCAUAUUAAUAAUGAAGUGCGUUGCGAUAAUUUUAGGUGGUCCCUCUUCCGGCGAAUAUUAAAUACCAAAGGACUUUAAUCGCCGGUUUUAUAUUUUAAACAGAGUGCGAGGCAUUGUUGUGUGUAUACAAGAUAAAUUAUAUAUAAAUAUAAAUAUAAACAAAAUAA